AUGAUACAGCUGAGCCAAAAAUCCUUGAGUUUCAUGUCAAACCCAGUUUUGCAUGAUUUGCAUAGUCAACGAACGUUGCACCUGGUAACCUUGCUAGUGAAACUGUAUAAGAAACUUGCAUGGGAGAGAGGCAGAAUCUGUUCCUCCGGUUUCACAGCUUCAAUAUCAACAUUUCUAGAUAUACCAAACGUGGUUGUGUUGGGUGAUAUGAAUGCACAUGAUACGCUUUGGUACUCAGGUCUGGAAGAUUUACGAGGAGAAGCCCUGGCCUGGGAAAUUGAAAACUCAGAGUGUGGAACACUCAACACGGAUAACCCAACCCAUCUGAGGAGGAACCCAGUUGAGGUGGUGAAUUGGCUCAGGCCUCGCCUGGAGCACCCACCGGACAUCUAG